AUGAAGUACAAGAAGAAAGACGCCCACCUGCUCGGUCCCAAGAAGCUAACUCACGACGAUAAGCUACGGAGGUUCCCUCGCAAGCUCAGUCCUUUAACAUACCCCGCAGGCAAGACAGUUGAGGAGAUAUGCUCCGUAGAGACAACGAGGAGCUUCAAGGAACUAACUUUCAUAAUCACCAAGGAGUACACUUCUUAUCGGAUGAUCAAGAAGACCCUUGACCACCUGUUCAACCUAUGCAAGAAGCAUGAUGAGUCCCUCCGAGACUACAUAAAAAGAACCCUGACCACCUAUUCUCUUAUGGGGAGAGCCGAGUGGCCGAAACUGUGUGUUGUGGCCAGAGCUGUGUGGGAGAGAGGAGAGAGAGAGUGGCGGCAAGAGAGGGUUUUAGGAUUCAAAAAGAAUUACCUUGAAUGCCUUGUGUAG